GAGGCGAGGGAGGAAGACGCUCUAGCCAAUCCUCUCAGAUAACAAGAUGGGGCGGAGCCUAGCUCCUUCCGAGUAGUCGGAACCUGCGGGGCAGACGGUUAUUAGGGCCACGAAGGCUGCGGGGGAGGUCCGAGAUUUGCUGGGGGGGUACGGACGAAGACCUCCGUCUCCUCCCUUCCUGUUCCGACCUCGCGCCCUUCCCUUCACUGCGUUAGUUCUUCGGGCGGAUGCGGCCUCGGUCUCGGCCUCAGUAGUGCUUGCCGCCUCCCCGCGCAGUGUGCGCCGGGCCGGACGAUGCCCAAGAAGUUGUUACUGGUGCCUCCGCUGUCCGUGUCCUCAACCUUUCGCGCCUUAAGAGCCCGACCUGCUGCCUUCCCAACCAUGAACGCCGCCCGUACGGGAUACCGGGUCUUCUCGGCCAACUCCACCGCCGCCUGCACCGAGCUGGCCAAGCGCAUCACCGAGCGUCUUGGUGCUGAGUUGGGAAAGUCUGUUGUGUACCAGGAGACAAAUGGAGAAACAAGAGUUGAAAUAAAAGAAUCUGUCCGUGGUCAAGAUAUCUUCAUUAUACAGACAAUACCAAGAGAUGUGAACACGGCUGUUAUGGAGUUACUGAUCAUGGCCUACGCGCUGAAGACUGCCUGUGCCAGAAAUAUUAUUGGAGUCAUCCCUUACUUUCCCUACAGCAAACAAAGCAAAAUGAGAAAGAGAGGUUCCAUUGUGUGCAAGCUCCUAGCUUCUAUGUUAGCCAAAGCAGGUUUAACACACAUUAUAACUAUGGACCUUCAUCAAAAGGAAAUACAAGGCUUUUUCAGCUUUCCUGUGGACAACCUUAGAGCAUCACCUUUCCUACUUCAGUAUAUCCAAGAAGAAAUUCCAAAUUACAGAAAUGCAGUCAUUGUAGCCAAAUCUCCUGAUGCUGCAAAAAGGGCCCAAUCAUAUGCUGAGAGACUUCGCCUGGGUUUAGCUGUAAUACAUGGAGAAGCACAGUGUACAGAGCUCGACAUGGAUGAUGGGCGUCAUUCUCCUCCAAUGGUCAAAAAUGCCACUGUACACCCUGGUCUUGAGUUGCCUUUGAUGAUGGCCAAAGAAAAACCACCAAUCACUGUAGUCGGAGAUGUUGGAGGGCGGAUUGCCAUCAUUGUGGAUGACAUCAUUGAUGAUGUGGAAAGUUUUGUUGCUGCUGCUGAGAUACUCAAGGAGCGAGGUGCCUACAAGAUUUAUGUCAUGGCCACUCAUGGCAUCUUGUCUGCAGAUGCGCCCCGCCUGAUUGAGGAAUCAUCCAUUGAUGAAGUGGUGGUGACCAACACAGUUCCUCAUGAAGUACAGAAGCUGCAGUGUCCCAAGAUAAAGACUGUCGAUAUCAGUUUGAUUCUUUCAGAAGCAAUACGGAGAAUCCACAAUGGGGAAUCUAUGGCUUACCUAUUUAGAAACAUUACUGUAGAUGACUAGAAUCCAAACUUGCUUUUGUUCUGGGGAUUUGGAGGGAAAAAGGCUUGGCCAUCAGUUAUGUACAUCAAAUGUUUCUUUGUGGGGAGGAGAGUGCUGGAGGUUUCUUGGGGUGAUGGUGGAGAAGCAAAAGAAAAUUAAAUUGAGCAGUGUUUAUACCAGAAACUUUCUUUUGCCAUAUGGAGAAGCAUUGUGACAGAGAUGGUGUAAAAGGAAUGAGCAGGCUGAAGGCUCUCCUACCAAUCCAGUUCUUUUUUUUAUCAAAACCAUCGUGCUCAUUGUAAAUGAAUCCAUUUCAAAGACUUACCAGGAACUGUUUCAUAACCCAACUAAUUCAUUUCUUGGAAAAUGGAUUUGUUACAUUGUAACUGCUUCUGUAAAUGGAAUGCUUACCUGUAGUGUUUACCAAACACUACAAAUAUGUUUCCUCAAGAAAGGAGUAAACAUUCUGUCAUUUAAGCAAGAAUGUGAUAUUUCGUGGGGCCAAAUAUAGUUUAAUUAUGGGGUAAGAAAUAGUAGUGGUAUCAGGAGUGGGCUAUCCAUACAUACUAUGUAUCUGGCCACCUAUGUGUACAGGUUUUUUUUAAGUUGCAGAUUAAAUAACUUGAUCUUUAACCCCGCUCUGCCUUACACCGCAGAAGCAUGUCUUGCACCCCCUUUGCCCCUCCCUCUCCUUUUUACAUCUGCCCUUCCCAUCCUACUAUAUGAAUGAGGUUGUUGUGUGUAUGAUGAGUAGUUGGGACUAAAAGAAAUUGCAAAUUACAUGACAGUUUCAACUUAAAAUCUCUUAGCUCACAAUGACUGGGUGGUACAGUGUAAAAAGAAUAUUCAUGCUUUUGCCUGUCCUAACUGAUCUCAUCCCUUCCAUUCGUCUGUUGGGAGGUGAGUGUGGCCUUACUCCUAAGCAGCCACUGACCUAGAAUUCAUUGUUUCAUUCAUAUUUAAGGGUUAAAAAGCAUAAAUGGAUUACUGUGCAGAUGAAUUUCUUCUUGAAGGUUUUCUAUCUUCAAGUUUCCAACCCCCCAGAUAAAACUUUUUAGCCAGUUUCAUUUAGUUCUUCCGCAGUUGCCUUAUACUGCUGAUCCGGAUUGUCUUGGAAAUAGAAUUUUGGUUGGAAAGACCCUAAGGAUUUAGGAAAAGCAAUAUAGUUUAAAUGGAGCCAAGCCCUAGGUCAGGUAGCCCUUUAGAGGGCAACUAUUUGUGUAACAUUGACGAUGAUAUUUUACCCCCUGAACGAAUCCAUUUCCUCCACUGUAGGACAGGAAUGUAUGGCCCGAGGUCUGUUCAGCUUCUAGAAUCUAUUGGCCUCUUGACCAGUUAUGAAAUUUUUCAUUUGAUUCUUAUACUUUGUGGUAAACAUUCUUCAUUGGAAGUUUCUUUGUGGCCAAAAUGUAUUAUUUCUCCACUUUUGUCAGUUUGAUGUCUGGAAGGCUGGCUUCAGUAAUUCUGGAGAAUAAUUCUCUGAACUGAAUGAACUGGUUUAGCGAUGCUCUGUCCUAGGAAUCUGCUAGGGUGUAGAGAGGGGUUUUUUAUGUUAAAAUAAAAUUUUAAAACUGCAAUGGAGCAUGAUCCCUCAGUUUUCUUUGACUUUUCAAUUCAAGCCAAUCAGAAGCUGCUCCCAUUUUAAUAUUAAUGAAGUCAGCUAUGUUGAAUGAUGAGAAUUAUUAGUCUUUGAGUUGACAUGUUCUGGCUCACCAAAGUAGUGCAAAGUUCCUUUAAAUAAUGAGCUCCAGCUGCAUUUUAAGUAGAUUGGGUUUUCUCUUUCUGCAAUAGGUUUUAGCAAUACAGUAUACAAUUGGAUUGGGAGGAAAAAACGGUUCUACUCCCACCUACCACUUAAUACCUUUUUGACCUUCCAGCAAGUCACAACUUUACCUUGAGUUUUCUCAUUUGCAAAGUGAAGGGAUUGGACUAGAUUUUUAAGGGCCUUUCCAACUAUGGUCCAAUUGAACUGUGAAUGGUCAGGCCAGGAAUGCCAAGUUUUAUCUUUCUAAUUAGCACAAUUGGAACUUGACUAAAUUGCAUCUUUGAUUUUAGAGAAAUGGGUCAAUGUAGCGGGGGAAAAAAAGCUUGCCAGAUAGAGCGCUUUCAAGAUUGUAGGUAUUUACUACUUCUCUACCUCCAUAGUGAAACACACUCCACGUAGCUGCCGUGCCCCCCCCCCCAAAAAAAAGCAGGGGCUAUGGGCCCCUCUUGCAGUCUGAUGAAGUCGGGGAUGGAGUGGAGGGAGCUUUAGAAUAAUGUUUCUAAAUGCAUAAAACAAAAACAAAAUUACAAAAUAAAACAAUUAUGAGAUGCAGUU